AUGGUCACCGUCACUCAGUCUCUGUCUGCCAACGCGGCUGACGCCUUUGACUAUGUCAUUGUUGGCGGUGGUACCGCUGGCUGUGUCAUUGCCUCACGUCUUUCCGCCUACCUGCCCGAGCGUCGGGUUCUGGUCAUCGAGGGCGGACCCUCUGACCUCGACCUCGGCAAUGUCCUGGACCUCCGCCAGUGGCUGAGCCUGCUCGGUGGUGAUCUCGACUACGACUACGGAACCACUGAGCAGCCCAUGGGUAACAGCCACAUCCGCCACUCGCGUGCCAAAGUCCUUGGUGGCUGCUCCUCUCACAACACCCUCAUCUCCUUCCGUCCCUUCCGCCACGACAUGGAGCGUUGGGAGGCUGGUGGUUGCGACGGCUGGUCUUUUGACAACGUCAUGCGCCACGUCGACAACCUGCGCAACUCCAUCCAGCCCGUCCACGCUCGUCACCGCAACCAGCUGUGCAAGGACUGGGUCGAGUCUACCUCACAGGCCCUUGACAUCCCCGUCAUCCACGACUUCAACCACGAAAUCUCCAACAAGGGCCAACUAAACCAGGGCGUCGGCUUCUUCUCCGUCUCUUACAACCCCGAUAACGGCCAUCGCAGCAGUGCCUCGGUCGCCUACAUCCACCCUAUCCUCAAAGGUGAGGAACGUCGCCCUAACCUGACUCUCCUAACUGAGGCCAUGGUCUCCAAGCUGCACGUCAAGGAUGGUGUCGCCUCUGGUGUCGAUGUUACUCUCAAGGAUGGGCAGCGCAUCACCAUCAAGGCUCGCAAGGAGACCAUCCUUUGCGCUGGUGCCGUUGACACUCCCCGCCUGCUGCUGCACUCUGGUAUCGGCCCCCGCGACCAGCUCGAGGCCCUGGGCAUCCCCGUCGUCGCCGAUGUCCCCGGUGUCGGAGAGAACCUCCUCGACCACCCCGAGACCAUCAUAAUGUGGGAGCUCAACAAGCCCGUCCCCGAGAACCAGACCACCAUGGACUCGGACGCUGGUGUCUUCCUUCGCCGCGAGGCCCCCAACGCUGCCGGUAAUGAUGGUGAUGCCGCCGACAUCAUGAUGCACUGCUACCAGAUUCCUUUCACCCUCAACACUGGCCGCCUCGGUUACCCAGAGAUCCCGGACCGCUACGCCUUUUGUAUGACCCCCAACAUCCCCCGCCCCCGUUCGCGUGGCCGCAUCUACCUUACGUCGGCCGACCCUACGGUCAAGCCUGCCCUUGACUUCCGCUACUUCACCGACCCCGAGGGCUACGACGCCGCCACCUUUGUUGCUGGUAUUAAGGCUGCCCGCAAGAUCGCUGAACAGGCUCCCUUUAAGGACUGGCUCAAGAAAGAGGUUGCCCCCGGGCCCAAGAUUCAAUCCGACGAAGAUAUUAGCGAAUACGCCAGGCGCGUCGCUCACACCGUAUACCACCCUGCUGGUACCACCAAGAUGGGUGAUGUGACCCGCGACGAGAAGGCAGUCGUCGACCCCAAGCUUAAGUUCCGCGGCAUUGGCAAGCUCCGUAUCGCUGACGCCGGUAUCUUCCCCGACAUGCCUUCCAUCAACCCAAUGGUCACUGUCCUGGCCAUUGGCGAGCGUGCCGCCGAGCUCAUCGCCAUGGACGAUGGCUGGAAGGGUGACACUAACAGGUCGCGCCUGUGA